GUCGUUCCUGUAAUUAUCCAGCACCUGCGGGUCUGAGCACGCAGAGAAGUAACUCCAGCGUUAGCCUGCUGAGGCUAGCCAGUAGCAUUAGCUGCUGUUCCCUUGCUACAAACAGAGCUAACGCUGUCGUAUAACACGGAGCUGAGUGCAACUUACAAACUACGGGAUAGGAAAUUUGCCUUUAUGCAGAAUAUCCGAUUAAAGUGAAUAUCUUUCUGUGAGCAAAAAUUCCCAGGGUCAGCUCGGGAGCUAAGCAGCUAACGCGUGUAUCCCAGUGGCAGCGUUAGCCUUUAGCAUCGUCCAUUGUUCAUUGACUCUUUGACGCUGGACACUGACAGGGACACUGGCAAGCCUGUUGCUGCGAGGGCUGCUAACAGCCGAAGAAGAAGAAGAAGAAGUACAGCCCACCACCGAGUGCCAGUGUCUGGAGGAUGUCUUCACCAUUAUACUACAACCAAGACAGCGUCACUCGCUUCAAGAAAAGAAAAGCCCGUUUCACCUUCAGUGAAGUCCACAUACUGUUGGACGAAGUGAGAAAACAUCGUCUGGUGGUUGUGGGCAAAUUCAACCGUGGUGUGCCAACAGACAUUAAGAAACGCACAUGGGCGGAGAUUACGGCACGUGUGAAUGAGAUUGGAGAGUGCCAGCGUGAGGUCAUCGAGGUCAUCAAGAAGUGGUCUGAUCUCAAGUGUGACACCAAGAGGAAAGUGGCCGCCAUGCGGUCGGGGACAGUGCCCAACAGGGGUCUUAACUCACGGCUGUCCCGAGACCUGACUCAGACAGAGCGAAUAGUGCACCAGAUCCUGGAGAUGGACGAGGGAGACCCCAGCACUGGUGACUUUGGGCCACUGGGAGACGACGACGACGUCCCAGAGGAGGAGGAUGAAAUGGAAGAGGAGGACAUGAUGGGAUUGCAGAGCUCCCCCAAUGGAGGGAUGGACAUGCCUGUGAUGCCACCGCCUCUCCCUUAUUCCAUGAGUGGACCAGCUCAGUCCGGUGCCAAAGAGGAUCAGUCAAUGCCCAACUACAGUGGCUCAUCUCGGGACUCAUCACAGCCCGCCUUCGAAACGCAAUAUGAAAUACCUCCCAUAGAGGACACCGACAAUGCAUUUGCGGAGUCCGAUGAUGACCAAAGGGAAGACUUGGUGCCAUCCAAUCAGUCAGCAAAACCUCCAGAGGAUCACCAAGGCAACAAUGGUGUCCAGAAACAAGGCGCCGGCGCCCCUCAGCCUUCAUCCACACCAUCGUUGUCACCGGCCGUCCUUCCAACAGCAAGUCAGCCCUCGCAGAACUCGAGGGACAGCAUGCUGCACAACGCGUCGUUGAGCCUCCAAGAGCAGCACGCCACCAACAUCCUGCUGGAGACUGUGUCCCGCUCUCUGGAGCUCCUGUCCGAGUCAGUGCAGCAGCUGGCCGAGACUCAACAGGAGUUUGUGCGCGAAUCGUUGCAGCUCCAACGGGAAACGGUGCAGGUUCUCAGAGACUUCACCGGCGGGGCCAUCGCCCUCAUGCAUGAUAAACUGAACGGACGGCCGGCGUUAUAGCGACGGGGUGUCGGACUGAGGCGACGGUUCUCUCCCGUGUUUAGUUGUACCACUGACUUGAAAAGCAUCCUUCAGGAGCAGGAACUUGUGAGUUCCUUUGGACUCGACUGCAGGUUGAUUCUACCUUUUGAUAGUACUCUCUACAGAUUUCCUGUGGUUCUAUUUUGAAAACUGUAUUCAUAGAAUAAUGUAUUGAUAGCAUUGCUUCUGUCUGUCUAUGUAGGUUACAUGAAAACGGAUUGAAAAAGUAAUAGUCACUUAUUACUUUUAGCCAUAAAGGAAUAACACAUCGAUGAUUUCUUUUGUUUGCUACUGAAAGUUAGUCAUGCCAGCCGAUGGUGUUAAAUAUUUUUUCAUUAUGCAUAAGAGUUAUGACAGAUUUAAAUCCUUCACAUACUUUGAACAGUGAAAUCUAUGGAGUGAGUCUUUUGGUUUUAAAACGCCAGUAAGAAAAUGUGUCAUUUUUAGUAGUGACUUUCCCUGACAUCAGUGUUUGGAGUUUAUCACGUACUGUAAACUGGUUCUCCGCGCGAAGAAUUUGUGAUUGUCUCUUUUUUUGGUUCCUUUUUACAUUAUGAUGAGCACCACUUUAUUUCAGUCAUGGAAUAAAAUCCCUACUGUCUUUUGA